AUGGGGAAUACAUUAUAUAGUAAUAUAGGACAAAAUACAACAGAACCAGAUGAGAUAUAUUGUAAAUAUUUGAAUAAUUUAUACAACAUAUACAAUUAUUUGUUAAAAUAUGAGCAUUUCUAUUUUAUGAAUUCCUAUACCCUCAAUUCUUUUUGCCAUGUACUUGAGGGAAUUAAUAACAAUGAGGGUCAUGUACUAAUCAAAAUUUGUAAAUUAAAAGGAGAAACACAAAAAAUAAAAAGAAUAUUAUAUACACUCAAGUUCCUUUUUUCAUUUGAUCUCUUCCCAAAUGUGCUCCCAUAUAACCGAAUGAGCGUCUACGAAAAUAAUAUUUAUAUUUAUAGAAAAUUUAUAUUCAAAAGUUUAGAUAACUAUUUAUUGAAUGAACAAAAUAAUUAUAGUUUUUGUUAUUUUUAUAUAUUUCAAGCAUUACUAUCAAUAAUACAGCUACACUCAUUGGGUAUUUAUCAUGGUCACAUAAAAAGCGAAAACUUUUUAAUACAAAAUAAUAUGCAUAUUCUUAUAACGGAUAUAGAUAUAUUGAAUAAAUAUAUUUAUUAUAUUCCAAAAAUAAGGUAUGACAACGAGAGAAAGGAAAAAAUAAAUAGAAUGCAAGAAGAUAUAUUCAACUUGGGAAUAUUAAUUUUAGAAGUUUUAUUAAAAAAUAAAAAUAUUUCUUAUUUAUUUCAUGAUGAAAAUUAUGAUGACAAUAAUGAUAAUUUUUAUUCAGAAAAAAGAAAGCAAACAAAACUAUAUAUGAUGGAAAGUAAAAAGAUAAAAAAAUAUCCAAAUUUUGAUAAUAACAUUAUUAAUAUAUCAAAAAAAAAAAAUAGCGAAAAUUUUUUUCAUGCUUUAUCCUUGCCGUUCAUAAAUAAAAAAAUUAUAAAUGAAGAAGAAGAUUAUUUUCAAAAAAAUAAAAAUUUGAGAAUGAAUAUAGACAAAUAUAAAUAUUAUAACUAUCAUUAUAUUAAUCAUAUUAAUUAUAUUAACAUAUACAAUGAUAUAUAUAACAAUGGUACGUUUUACGAAUUUGUGAAUACAGGACGUGAAAAUUUGACUAGCCAAAAUGUUAUUAAAAAUAAAGCAAUAAUAAAUGAAAACAACAAUACAAAAAAAAAAAAAAAUAGAAACAAGAAUAGUACAUAUAAUAAUGAUGAUGUUGACAUAAGUAGUGAUACUGGACUUGAUGAUAAAAUUAUUCACGCUUAUAGUGAUUAUGAAUUAUUUAAUGAUUAUAAAGAAACAAAAAAAAAUAAGCAUUCCUCAAAUAAUCUUAAUUUAUAUACACAAUCAGAUAUUUAUGCAAAUACCGCAUAUACCUUAAUUGGGAACUACAAAGAUGUUGGAAAUAUUCGAAAUAAAGAAAAGGAUAAAUACGUAAAAUCUGAAAUAAAAGAGCCCAUAAAUAAUAGAAGAUUAAGUUAUUUUAAUAUGAACAAAAAUGAAGGAAAUAAUGAGAGUCAAAAUAGUUGUAAAAAUAAUAUUUUAUCUAAUAAUAAAAUUCAAAAUGAUGUAUAUAAUAAAACUACAAGUUGUGUUUUAAGUAGUAGUGAGAGUAGCGAUUCGAAUGUUAGAAGAAAAGAAAAAAGUGCUCCAUAUAAAAUAUGGAAAAUAGUGAGCUUAGUUAAAAAUCCGUUUGUUAUUUAUUCAUUAAUUAAUCAUUUUUUUUUAGAAAAAAAUAAAAAUAUAUUCCAAAUAUUUAAUUAUUGGUCUUAUCAUAUUUUUCCGAGCACAUAUAAAUAUGUGUUUUUCCCUCUUUGUGUACUUAAAUUUCACCCAAUCUUUCGAAAAUCCGAAUUUUUUAUUUUAUUAAUACAUUUUAAUUUGCCAUUUAUAUUAUUUAAUUUUGAUAUCUUUUCAAAAAAAGAAAAAGACAAAUACGCUUUAAUAAAAAGAGCUUCAAAUAUUUAUAAAAAAAAAAAAAAUGAAAAAAAAAAAAAUUAUGGCUAUUUCAAUACCGAUUGUCAAACAAGUCAUAAUAAUAGAGUCUUAAAAACGAGUUUUGGAAAAUAUCAGAAAAAAAAAAAAAAAAAUAUAAACACAAUUGCUUACUAUAUAAAUGUUGUUAAAAAACAUACAACCAAUAUUAAUAAAUAUCAAAUGCAAACUUACAUCAAUGAUGCAAAUCUAAAUAGUGAAGUAAAGGCACAAAUAUUGGAACAAUGGAAAGUAUAUAAAAAGCAAAAAAAAAUGGAAAGAAAAAAUGGAAGAAGAAAUAGUAAAAAAUUGUAUCAUUGCAAAUCUUAUUUCCCUUUCCCAAUAUUAUCCUAUAGUAAUACCCAUGAUUUUUAUAAAUUUUUUUUACAAUUUUACAAAAAUGUGUAUUUUUCCAUAUUUUAUGGCAAAAAAAGUUAUAUGGAUAUUUUCAAAUUUUUUGAAAUAUACAAAAGAUAUAUUUAUUUAUCUCUAUUUAGAGACUUUUAUUUUAAAAACGCAAAAAUUAGUAAUCCGCCUCUUGGCCAAAUUAAUAAUCCACCUCUUGACCAAAUUAUUAAUCCGCCUCUUGGCCAAAUUAUUAAUCAAGACAUAAAAAAAAAAUAUUCUACAAAAAUUUAUAAUACUUCUAAUGAGGAUAACUAUAAAUGGAACUACAGUGAAGAUAUAUAUCAACUAAUAAAUAUAUUAAUCUGUUCUUAUAACUUUAUUUUGUAUGAUUCUAUUAAAAUGUUAAUUCUUGAAAUUAUAUAUCUAAUAAUAUGUCAUAUAAAAAAUGAAAAAUUAGAAAGAGAAUUAAUACCUUUUUUAUUUUAUUGUUUUAAAAAAACAAAUGAUGAAAAUAUUAAAGUUAUUAUAAUAAAAUGUAUUUAUAUUAUAAUAAAUAACGGGAAUAAAUGUGAUUAUUUCUAUAUGUACAUAGAUAAAUUUUUGCCUAAAUUUUUCAUGCUGAAAAAUACAAUGCAAAAUUAUCAAAAAUAUGUACAUGCAAAAUAUUUACCUCUUUUUUCAACAUUAACAAUUCAGUAUAUAUAUAAUUCUUGCUUAUUAAAACAAAUGGGAAAAAUAUCAUUAAAAAAUAGAGAAAAAAAAGAGAUCUCAAAAAAUAAUAUGCAAGAUACAACAAGUCUUGAUGAUAGUUUUUAUUUUACCAAUAACCAAACAAGCGAUACAUGUAGUAGUAUAGAUAUUUAUGACACAAUGAGUGAUGAUAAUAACAAUAUUUUAACGGAAUCUGCAUAUAUGGCAAUACUAAAAGAUAUACGAAAUAAAUUUAUAUCCACUUUAAAUGAAACAAAUGAUUUAAUUUUAUUCGAAUUUUAUCAAAAUAUAAUUAUUUUUUGUACAAUUAUGAAUAAAAAAUGGGUUAAAGUUUAUAUAUUACCAUAUAUGCUAAAAAAUAGUUAUAAAAUAAAAAAUAUUUUUAUAAAAGCUAUUUGUAUUAAAACAAUUAUUAUAAUUGUCUUUUAUAUUAAUGAAAAAGGACCAUUUGAAAUUCUUUCAGAAUAUAUUAACUCUAUAAUUUUAGAUAAAAACAAUGAUUUAAUUUUAAAAAUUUUGUUAUAUGAAUUUCUUUUUAUAUUAAAAAAAAAUUAUAAAAAGUGGUCAAUAUGUACUACUUCCAAAACACAAUAUAAUAUGAUAAUUAUGAAAUCUCAAAAACACCAAAAUAUGAAAAAAAAAAAAAAAAAAAAAAAAAAAUAUUGUUCCACUUUUAUUUUUCAAAAAAAUCAAUUUCACUCCCCUUUUAAAUCAUACAUCCUCUAA